AACUAGGUUUGCCUGGUCAAAAGCCGAAAUAUGACAUUUUGCCCAAGCAUUGUGGGCAUUUCUGAGAUUUGCCCGAUUUCGACUUUUGUCCGUAACAUAUAUACAUAUCUUUGGUACCGGGUAGAGAAAGUUUAUGUCAUUUUAAUCAACUAUUUGAGGCUGCAAUUUUAUAAUUCCUACUCUUUUAAGUAUUACGACCACGAGCAUUUUAGAAAUUAUUGAUGUAUAUUAUCCAAAUCUUAGUACAAUUAACGACUUAAAAUUCUGGAAUUUACAACUAUCCAUAGACUUAACUGUAGUUACACCAUUUGGAUUUCAUUUUUUCCGACUUAAUUCGAGAUCAUAGAUAUGUAUAAAUUAUGAGCUAUAACGCUUCAGUAUACCAAUACCAGUGUUGUAGUUGUACACAACAGUCGUCAGGUAUAGCUGCGUGCGGGUCGUCAUGACAACAACACUUUCACCUGACCGCUGCUGCCGCCACCACCACCUUCUCCGACGACAACCAGGAACACUAGACCAGGUAAACGAGCGCGUGCGGUCGCUUCGGUAACCCCACCAUCGUGACCUCAUAGAUCGCCGCCGCUACCGCCGCCGCCGCCACGACUCGCGCGCGUGUGGCGCAUUCGGUCCGUACACUGACGUUGAGUUCCGUGUAGCGUGUGCGCGUCUCAACCGAAUCCCCGACGCGAUCCGAAAUUAUUAUAUCACGUCGUACAACACGAUCGCCGUCGGUACGUAUUUGUCGCGGAUAUUCUGUACAGUAUUAUUAACCGGUGCGUUCGGGUGUUCGUUUUCGUGUCCGUUAUUCGUGUUCGACAGUUGUGUAGCGGUUCUCGUCCGCGGCGAUGACAUGACGCAGCCGUGCCCGUCGUCGUCCGGUACCGUGCCGUGCCCCGUACUUUUACACCGUUCCACCGCCGUCGCAGCUGUAGUCGCUGUGACAACACCGUCACGGUCCAUGUCUCCUGGUUGAACAGCAGUGCGUGCCUCAACGAAAACCGAUCGGCGCACGCGGCCGGCAGACAAACAAGAAGAAUAAAAAUAAAAGUAGAUUAAGUAGCAGGAGCCACUUGGCACCGGUGCGAAGAACGGGCGGAGAAGAUGAACAAUAACAAUCCGUACGGCCGACCCACGGUGCAACCGCACAUUGAAGACCUGCCGUCCGAUUGCGGAUUGCAAUGGCUGGGAUAUUCUUUAUGUCGUUCUUGGAUAAGAUGCGCUACAGCUGGAAAAUAUUUGACAACAUUAACGCUUUUUGUUUUUUUUCAAACGGCGUCGCAGAGAUACUUUUUUUCGACACUACAAUCCAAAAACUACAAUAUACCCACAGACACAUCGAAUUGGCUGUGGCUUCUUAGUGGAUUUGUCCAUUUAACUUUUUCAACGUUUAUCGGAUAUCGAGGAGGGAAGCGAAACAAGAGUUCGUGGAUCGCAUUUUUUGGCAUUAUACAAGGAAUCUUGGCUGUCUUAUUAGCCAUAAUCAACGCUUCCGAUCAUUACAGUUUCCAAAAGCCAUCGGCUUUAGUAUUGGCUACUUCGGAAACUCCAUUGUGCGAUUCCAUUCAUGGUGCUCACCUACAGGAAUCAUAUGUUCCAUUUCAUUUGGUGAAAACCACAGUACUGUUUUUACUCCAAGUCAGCAUGUCACUGGGAAGCACAGCCUUGUUGGCCCUUGGUCUUGGUCUACUUGACGAGUCGGUGGUUCCGACUAAAGUCCCGGCUUGCAUAGGUGUCGUCAUUGGUUCGUCAUUGUUGGGACUCCAGACUGGGUUGAUGGUCGGCAAAUUCGCAUUUAAUGUGAACGUAGGGUCCAACUUUACUGGUGAUAUCGUAUGGCUCGUUAUCGGACUGAUCCUGAUCGCCGUAUCAUUCAUCGUGGCCUUAUUUCCCAACCGACUAGUCACAAGUCAAGUAUCGACGUUAAUACGCAACAGUCCGAUUUAUCGAAACAACAGAUACGAUUUCAGAAGUACACUAGGAAGAAUUUUCAGUAACAAAUUAAUUCUAUCCAACAUUGCCGCUAUCGCUUUCGUGUAUACGGUAUUAAUUAACAUGCUAUACGAAGAACCCAACUACAUGGAAUCGGUUUUCUUCGUACCCAAACACACUACUGAUGCAACCGAUCAGAACACGAUAAUCAUUGAUUUUCUGAGAUACCCUUUAGCAGCAGUUUGCGUGUUUCUAUCUGGCGUAUUGAUAUGCAUUGCACAGCCAAGAGCUACGCUAAUAGCUGCCUGGAAUAUUGGAAUCAUUUGUGUUGUGACUAUAUUGGUCUUCACUAGUAUGUUCCUACGGUGUUCUAAACUAAGAGUGCAUAAUCAAAUAAUGUCCAAAACUGAAUUGAACGAGGUGUGCAAUAAAGAUUGCAAUUGUCCGGAAAAUCUACCCUUUGAACCCGUUUGUUCUUCCAACAGUCAUAUUGUGUAUUAUUCACCCUGCCACGCCGGUUGUAGAACUCAAGACUUAUAUUCUAGACAGGAAUACGUAGGAUGUGCUUGCGUCCCAACGGAUUCCGCUAGUAAGCGUGCCUGUUAUGAUCACAACUGUCAUCAAAUGAACGUUGGAUAUCAAUCUAUUUCAGUAUUAAUAUUUUCGUUGUUGGGAACGUGUAUUGUAGGCACGAUCAUUUUACUAUUGAGAAGCGUUGAACCUGACGAUCGAUCCACAGCUCUGGGGUUUGCAGUAACUUUCAUUUGUUUAGUUGGUCACGUACCAGGAAAAAUAGUAUAUAUUUUUAUUGGACAUUUUACUUGCAUUUUGUUCGACCACAAUGAUCAGUGUCGAUUAAAUGGUGCAGUGACGUUUUCUACUUACCUCAAUUUGUUCAACAUUUGUAUACUAAUGUCGGCUGCAGCACUCUAUUCGUGUGUAUGUUUAAUGUCUAGACCCAUGCAACCGUAUGGCACUAUGGAUUCUGCGAAGAAAUUUAUUGUAAGCUCAGUAUCAAGUCCGUUGAGUCCGUUAACUCCACCUGGAUUUGAAGAACGCCCUCCCACGCCAACCAGAAGACCACCGAAAAGAAGACCAUCCGAUUUAACAUUUUCUGAAUCGAGCACAAACAUUGAUUUCACUAGGCAUACUGACGAUUAUUCGCCCAGGAGUCCUGGGACUACGUUAAGAGAAGGCGGUGUAUUGACUACAUUAUUGUAAACGUCUAUUGAAAUUACUUGUAAAUACGAGUGAGAAAUAGUUUUCUAAAUUGCAUAUUCAAUGGCUUAUUGACUGUAGAUAUGAUUACUGCCUCUGUAACGUGAUUAGUAAAAUCAAAAUAAACUGCGCCAUACUCAUUAAUUUACAAUUGUAUCUAGUCUAGGGUUUAUAACUUUAAAAUAUAAAAUGUGGUAUUAAUAAUCUAUAUAUUAAGCUUAUUAUGAUUGUGUACCUUAAAAACGUAUAAGAAUAAUACCUAUUUUAUGUUUUUUAUAUUAAAUUUAAUUAAAUGUACGUAUUAAAAAUGAGAAUAAUUA